AUGACUUUAGGUGGCGAUCAUUCUAUUGGAGCUGGCACCGUCACAGGUACUGCACGGGCGGUUCGUGAAAGGUUCCAAGGCGCGGAUUUAUCUGUUCUCUGGGUAGGUGCACAUGCAGAUAUCAAUACUCCUCAAAGCAGUAUGAGCGGUCGUAUUCAUGGAAUGCCCGUAGCAUUUGCUUCGGGGCUAGCCAAGUCCCCAUCGAAAGGGGUUUUCGACUGGAUUAUGAAGUGGCAUCUCAUUAAUCUAAAGAAACUCGUUUAUAUUGGCCUCCGGGAUGUUGACGAAGCCGAGAAAGCUAUAAUCGGCCAACAUUGCAUCAAGUCAUUUACUAUGGGUGAUGUGAGGAGUCAUGGUAUUGAGAGAAUCAUGGAUCUUGCACUGUACCAUCUUGGUGACGGUUCGCCCAUCCAUGUGUCUUAUGAUAUUGACUCGCUAGACCCCGAGUAUGCACCCUCUACUGGCUUCCCUAUACCCGGGGGAUUAUCUCUUGAAGAGGGUAUAUACAUAUCACAGAGGCUGUAUGCUACUAAAAGACUUGUUGCUAUGGACCUGGUUGAAGUAAAUCCACUUAUCGAGUCGCCGAGGCUGGCUACGACACUUCAAUCUGCGGCAUCGGUGAUGAAAGCCGCUUUAGGUAUGGGCAUGAGAUAUGAGUAG